CACGUGGCUGCAAAAUACCAAAAUGGCCAAAAGAAAAAUACAUUGAUUCAGAGGGUAAACAUGUUUCGUCUGCGAGAAGGAAAAUGAGAUCGGUCUGCUGGAUUCCAGUUUUCGUGAAGAUGAAAAAGCAGACGAACGAUGGGAUCACAAACGCUUGAGAUUUUGCGUCAGGGAGUGUGGGCUUCGCUGACAGGCGGCUGGUUCUACGAUCCACAUCAGAACAAUUUUUGUAACACUUUCCACCUUUACGUCUGGCUGCUGUUGCUAUGUCUUCCUUUCACGUUGUACUUGUGUGCCCCUGUCGGGAUCUACGCGUGGGUGCUGUACUGCGUGUCGGUCGGAGGCCUCUUCAGUGCUCUCAAAGCGGCCAACUACGGUCUGCACCACAUGUUCGACACGUCCGAGUGCAUCCAGGCAGUGUCCAAGAGCGACGCCAGAAGUGAACUAAACAAGUCGAGGUCCAAGGGAGACAAUGGCAAAGAUCAAAAAGAGUCUGAGGGCAUUGAACUCACGGUCAUUGAGCCGAAGCAGAGGAACGGGACACCGCCGCCGGCCAGCAGCUCGAGAAACUCCAUUGGUGAGCCUGCCCAGAUUCCCACGGACGCUGACAGUAUAGAAAGUGGUGCGGCUGUGAUCAGCGAUGACAUCAAACAUGGCAGCACCAUUGGAUCUGCAGAUCUCAAGGUGGAUGUGCAUCGAAAGAACAGUUCGGAAAGUAGUGAGGAUUUGUCUCAGAGACCGAAACUGAAGAACGUGGCCGUCCAGUCGGAACAACCCUCCCAAGCAGAGGCUGAGAAUUUGUGUCAGAAAAUAAGUGAAAAUGCAAAACGAACAAGAAGAGAGCCGUACGUGGCGGUGCCAAUUUUUGAAGAAGGCCGUCCAUCAACUUGUGGCGUCGGUGGUAGUGAGAGUGUCCUCGUCGAGGAGGAGGAAACAAAGAUGCAGAAUGAGGAGGAGGCUGUGAAUGAGCAAACAGGGCAGCAUGGGAGACGAUACUCUAAUGUUUCUAGCAGAACAUACAACCUAUUCUGCAUUCCCUCUGCUUCCACUGCUUCUAUGCCUGUCACCAUGAAAGGAACAGGCUCUCUGGAGCUGCCUGAUGGUGGUGGUGAUGCAAAGAUGCCUCCUGACAAAGGGCUACUCUAUUGGAAGCAGCAAAACACUCGUCACAGCUCUCUAGACCCUCCCUCGCCAACAAGCACAAUAGACUCAAGAACUGGCCACUCGCAAAGUGGUGAAAGACAGUCCGAGUUGAGUCGUGGGUUAGAGCAGUCGUCAAAUCAGACGCCGUCCACUUCCUCCUUGAGAGUUCGCAGUGCCUUCACUUUGCCUGAAUUAAUGGAGAGGGAUACACACGGUAGCGGAAGCUACUCGAUGCUUCGCUUCCCAAUCAUCUCUGGGCCCCUUGACAAAAUAAACGCACAACCUAGAAAAUCACUGCCAGAGCACUUUCCUAAACUCACUGAGGACCACAAGCCGUCUAGAGAGUCGCUGCACAAGUUGAGAGAGAGGAAAGUGGCCAUCAAGAGCCAACUCAGGAGGUCUCAGUCCCCUGCAACUAGUGAUGGUGAUGUUUCGAGUAGUCCUAGCGUCGGCAGUGAUGAUGACGAUAAUUCAGGGUUGCCCAAAAACUCUUUAUCUGUGUGGAUAGCUGAAGAGAGUCCCAGCCAGAAAAGAGAUCCGGCAUUAGAAGAGCGUCCUAGUCCCCAGAGCAUGUUGAACUUGAACUGGUUGUUUGAAGACGUCCCCCCAAAACCCGAAAACCCCCAAUCCAAAGAGGGCAGCGACUCUGGCAGUUCGUCCACAACCACAUUGAGUGUGAGUCAGCAGGAGGCUGCCAGGUUGCUACCUGAGUCGUACCCAAGUUCGCCCAGAACGCCCAAAAGUCAGGGCGCUAUCCCCAAAAGACAUUCAAAUGCCCCGCAUAGGUAUUACCACCACCAUCACAACAGGAGCAAUGCUUUGUCUAAUAUUUCCGGAGAAAUAGACAUCAUGUGUCCCGGCCCCAGCAAAAUCCUCACUUUUGUUCCUCGGAUAGCAGAAGAGCCAUCUAGGAGCUCCCCUCCUCUUGAUCCCACUACGGAAGGGUUGGAACUGCUGUGUCCUACUGGUCAUCCUCCUCGAGGCCUCCAAAGUGGCCACACUAGGAGAAGAACGCACGGAAAUCACGCCUGCAGCAGAUCUGGGGUCACUUACGGAAAUACAGAAUUCACCUACCAUAGAGGGAGCUCACCUGGUUGCCUACCUUUGAAUGCCUGCCUAAAUUCCUACGCAGACUUGAGUCCAGACGAAGGUCUGCCCAGUCGAAGGAGACAUAGGAGGAUGAAACGCACUUCCAGAGCCCACAGACAACUGCACGGCCUUCAGGGUGGCAUGGCCAUCAGGACAGGAACAUCACAGUCUCACCAGAGACACUCGAGGCCUAGUGAACCAAUUCCAUCCACUUCCACAGCUCGUCCCCAAAUCGCUCUUUCUGCUUUCGGUUCUGUGAUAAUUCCCCCAGGCACUUACUUGGCAUCUUCGUUCGAAGACACAGCAGAAGGAGCCACUCACUGGUUUCAGGAUGAGCUGGGAAACUUGUGCACCUACACCUUUGACGAGAAGGGCAAUGGCACAGCCACCCAGAAACUCUUCAGAGGCAUUUUAAAAAGUGGAGAUCCCCCUUUGAUGCGGACUGAGAGCAUAGGUCAGUCGAGCAGCUACCUUCGAACAUUAGUGGAAGGCUUAGGCGCGGCAGGAAACUCUCCAAAUCUUGACCUGCUGACUCUGGGUUCCACACCAGGUCGCUACAGUCACAGAAACUCAACAAACAGCGUCUCCCUUGGCACUGGACCUCAAAGUUCUCAGGGUGAUUUAGACACAGACAGAAUCAUCCGACCGAAACUCACCUUGCCAGACAUCCAACCUGAGAAAACAAAGCAUUACUACAACUUCAAAAUCUUGCCCUGGAAGGAGAUCAAAGUCACCUUUGAUAGACUUGCCCUUCUAGCCCUCCUCGACCGAAACUUAACAAUUUGGGAAAGUGCCCUGUCGGUUUUUCUAGCCGUCAUGGUUGGUGUUCUCGGCGCUCUCCUGAUGAGCAAAGGCUUCCUUGAAGACGCCCUGGUUUUCAUCUUCUGCUUUGUGGUCGCAAGUUGUCAGUAUUCGCUGCUGAAAAGUGUCCAGCCCGAUGCUGCGUCGCCCACUCACGGCCACAAUCGCGUCGUCGCCUUCAGCCGUCCCGUCUACUUCUGUCUAGUGGCCACCCUGAUUCUCAUCUUUGACGCCUCCCUGCCGUACCUAGACCCUGACUACACAGAUUUCUACGGUGUGCACUUUUCUCCGAACAAUGUUGUGCACUACCUAAGAGACGGCCUAAUGUGGUUCCUUCUCUGCUUCCCCAUCAUUUUCAGUUUUGGUCUCCUUCCUCAAAUCAACACCUUUGCCAUGUACCUUCUCGAGCAGGUCGACAUGCACAUUUUCGGCGGCAACGCAACCUCCAGUCUGACGGCCGCUUUUUACUGCGUCAUCAGAAGCAUGUUGGCUGUUGCAUUUUUGUACAGUUUUGCGUACGGAGGCCUCACUCAGCCGAAGAAGUCGCAACACUUUCUGUUUUCCAUCUUUUGCGGCCUGUUGGUGUCAGUUUCCUACCACCUGAGUCGCUGUGCAAGCGACCCGACCUUCAUCUGGCACCUCAUCAGGAACAACUUGUGGCCUGAGGAAGACUGCGCGAGACCAAAGACUGAAAGGACAGUAUCUGCGAGUGAGCAAAACCCAGAGCGUUCCGAGGAACCUGUAGACCCACUUCCAGCAAAACUGAAGAGAACUGUCAUCUCAAGGCUGAGGUCCGACUUGAUUGUUUGCCCAAUUACGGCAGUGUUUGUUUUCGGCAUCCACUGCAGCACGGUUUUUACGGCCCUCAAGCCCGAGAUGAACUACAUCAUGUGGGCCUUGGUGUCUGUGAUUGGUUUCCUGCUUCACUACAUCAUGCCGCAGCUGAGGAAACAGCUCCCAUGGCUCUGCUUUUCAAACCCAAUCUUCAAGACGCAUGAAUACAACCAGUUUGAGGUGAGGGAGGCUGCCAAAGUGAUGUGGUUUGAGAAACUCUACGUAGUGCUGUGCUUCCUGGAGAAGAACUUUCUCUACCCUGUUCUUUUCCUCGGUGCAAUUACCGAGAGCGCCCCUCUUCUUCUGACAAAGUUUGGUCCUUAUGUCAGUCCCCUGGUUGUAUCAGUUUGCGGACUGAAAUGUCUGCGCAGCUCCUUCUCCAACACCCCGCAGCAGUACCUCGUGCUGGUCUUUACAAUCCUCUUCUUUAAAAUCGACUACUACAGCAUCUCGGAGACCUUCCUCGUCGACUACUGCGUCAUGAGCAUUCUCUUCCAGAAAAUGUACGAGUGCAUGCUCAAGGUCAAGUUUGUCAUCACCUACAUUGCGCCGUGGCAAAUCACAUGGGGCUCGCCCUUCCACGCCUUUGCCCAGCCCUUCAGCGUGCCACACUCGGCCAUGCUCUUCCUCCAGGCGUUCAUCUCGGCCGCCCUCUCGGCGCCUCUCAACCCCUUCCUCGGAAGCGCCAUUUUCCUCGCUUCCUACGUCAGGCCCAUCAAGUUCUGGGAAAGGGACUACAACACAAGAAGGGUGGACCAUUCAAACACCAGACUUUCCUCCCACUUGGAAAGAAAUCUCGGAGCCGACGAUAAUAAUUUGAACUCCAUUUUCUACGAACACCUCACUCGCUCUCUCCAGCAUUCCCUGUACGGAGAUUUGCAACUAGGCCGCUGGGGUCCUGUGUCCCAAGGUGACUGCUUUGUCUUGGCUUCCGACUACCUGAACUGUCUCGUUCACAUUGUUGAAAUGGGCAAUGGACUUGCCACUUUCCAAAUGCGAGGCCUGGAGUUCCGCGGCACCUAUUGCCAGCAAAGAGAAGUGGAGGCAAUUUCCGAAGGAGUUGAAGAAGAUGAUGGUUGCUGCUGUUGUGAGCCAGGACACUUUCCGAACAUGCUCAGCAUCAAUGCUGCAUUUAGCCAAAGGUGGUUGGCGUGGGAAGUGACUGCCACAAAAUACGUCUUGGAAGGUUACAGCAUUUCUGACAACAGUGUUGUGUCCAUGCUCCAAGUUUUUGACUUCAGAAAAGUUUUGAUCAGCUAUUAUGUUAAGAGUAUUAUUUAUUAUGCUAUGAAGUCAACAAGACUGGAGGAAUGGUUGCAGUCUCCUUCUAUCUUAGAUACCCUGAAGGACAUGUCAAACAGGCAUUUUGUAGACUUGGAUCCUGUUUUUAAUAUGAACAUUGAUGAUGACUACGACUAUGUGGCGUCAGGAAUCACAAGAAAUAGUUUUUGCAACGUUUAUUUGAAGUGGAUCCAAUAUUGUGGAAGAAAGAGAGAAAAGAUUAUUGAUACUCACAGAGACUCAGCAGUUGUAUCACUUUGCUUUGCUCUGAGUUUGAUUGGCCGCAGAACUUUAGGUUCCGCAUCGCACAAUUCCGUCUCCAGUGUGGAGUUUUUCCUUUAUGGGCUGCACGCAUUGUUUAAAGGAGAUUUUAGAAUAACGUCUCCAAGGGACGAAUGGAUUUUCACAGACAUGGAUUUGCUGAAGAAAGUGAUUGCUCCGGGAGUCAGAAUGUCGCUCAAAUUACAUCAAGAUCAUUUCAUGUCACCUGAUGAAUACGAGCAUGAUGAGAUGCUGCACAUUGCGAUUGCCAACCAUGAAAAGAAACUGGUCAUCUCGCACGAAGGAGAUCCUGUUUGGAGAAACGCGGUCCUCUCUGGCACACCAUCACUUCUUGCCCUCAGACAUGCAAUGGACGAUGGGGCGGACGAAUACAAAAUCAUUAUGCUCAACAAACGCUACCUCAGCUUCCGCGUAAUCAAAAUCAACCGAGAGUGUGUUCGAGGACUUUGGGCUGGUCAGCAGCAAGAGUUGGUUUACCUGAGAAAUAGAAAUCCCGAAAGAGGCAGCAUUCAAAAUGCAAAGCAGGUUUUGCGCAACAUUAUCAACUCUUCGUGUGAUCAGCCCAUCGGCUACCCAAUCUACGUUUCACCCCUGACUACCUCUUAUGCGGAAACAAACGAGCAGUUGGCCACCAUAGUUGGAGGGCCCAUCAGCAUGGGCGCCAUUCGUAGGGCGGUGAUGAGGGCGUGGCGCCGUUUGAGGACAAGAUGUGGCGAGGGCUGUUCAAGUGGAGGGAUCGGGCCACAGGACGACGGCGGCUUCGGCCACGAGGGCAUCUACACCAUGCCCAACUAUGGCAUCCACGGCUGCGGGCAGCCAGCGUCUGGAAUCUCAGAGACAAAUUUCGGAGGGACGCCUGUGAUGGGCAGUGUCAUUUCUGGAAGCAGACUGGGAGGAAGUCUGGGACGGACUUCCUUGGGAGCAAAUCGCUCCAGCCUAGGGUCGACCAUCAGCAGCAAUGCAGGAAAACCGUCAAGCGCCACUUUGGCCAGUUUAGCUGGGUUGAUAUCAGACACGAGUUCUCUGAAGGAGAGAGAAAAGGAUUACGAAGCUGCCCUUCCAAAUCCUGCCACAUCAACUCCCACUGCCAGUAAAGAUUCUGAUAAGCAAGAGCCAGUACUACAAAGAGUUAGGAUUCUCGAUCCCAAUGUGGUGUACGACACAAUCAACAUGGGUCGGAGGAUUGAUGUUGUUUGGCCAGACGAGCGAAUGCGAUAUCGCGGCGGCCGUUCUUUCUGGCGAGACUGGCUUCCUGAAAAGGGCAUGGAGGGCCAGGUGGUGCACCGGUGGGUGCCGAAUCAUCGCGACAUCAGCCAACGCUCUCACGUCGACAGGACCAUUGUGCUCAUGCAGAUCGACGACAAGUUCAUCCCAAUCGCAGAGUCUGGGGUGCAGGACUUGGGGGCGGAAGUGUGACCUUGGUCUGUUUUUUAAACGUCGGCACAAGAAGGAUUAUUUUAUGUACUCUCGAUUUAUUCGGAUCUGUUGAGGAAAUGUCCACAAUGUUGCCUUAAAAGAUUAUUAUAUGUGAACUGAGGUGCAGACUGACUGGUGUAGAAAAAAAUUGCAAUGAUUCGAAAGGCACACAGACAAAAGCUAACGUUGAAUUUUUCUAAUGGGCUGUGUUUACAUGAAUUGAUGAAAAUUUAAGCCGUCUCGGCAAUUUAUUAUAUGCUAUGAUUAUUGUCACGAGAAAUGUGUAAUUAAUAAUUAGUAGCCUCCGUUUGAGAUGUAAAUGGAGAUGCCUGCCUAAUUUGAUGAAUUGCUCACAGAACAGGGUUAAGGUUUUAACGAUUAUUAUUAUGCACACCUUCGAUUGUGGAACUAUUCAUUUUUCUAGAUCUCACUGCGGAAUAAUGAACUUUUUCUUUGUGGAAAAAAUUUGUAGAUUGUUGCAUUUAAAUUUUGUAACAAUUGCCCCUUGUAAAUUGUCGAGAUUAGUCGAUCCCCUUUUGAUUUGUAUCUCCCAUAGUGAUUUGCAUUUUGAACCUACUUUUUGUAAUAAUUACUUUAUCAAAUUUCAACAUCGUUGUUACUUUCGAAAUCCAUCUUUUAACAGUAGCAAUGAUAGUUGUAUAAAAAGUUACUACUACUUUCACUGAUUUUAAACUUGGUAGAAAAUACUUUUUUAAGAUUUUGGACAAUGUUGGUUUAUUUUUGCAGUAGUUAGAUAAUUUUUUAUUGUUUUGUAUUGAUUCAUCGAGAAAGAUGUUGUUCCUCUUCUCUUUUAGUCGCAGCGUUCAGAGUCAAUUUUUACGUUUAUAGUCUUGGUGAUUAGUUGAAGACCUCUAAAGCAGUUGUUUUUCAUGUACACAAACAAACACACACGCAAUGAGUGAGAUUAAAACUUAAACUGAUUUCGACGAUGAUUGUGUUGAGCAAGAAAAAUGUUGCCAGCCAAGUUUGAUCGCAGUUUUCCUCCGUCAAGGGAAACUUGCAUGUAAAUAAAUCAAUAUACUAUAAAAAUAAAAUAUUUAAGCAAAUAGAAAUCAUACAAUGCUAUUUUCUGUAUCAACAAAAAUCUAAACGUUUUAAACUGUGUCUCCUUGAUUCAAAUUUUAAAAAGAAGAUGAAGAAGUAUAAAUAAAUUUCAACAUACUUGUUAUAGUGACACAUAAAUAAAAUGCAAUUUGUUAUCUGGAAAAUUAA